AGAAGAAGGUACGUCAUUUGACCGCGCCAUCUCCACAAGCAGGCACAUUUCAAUGACAACCUGCAUAUGUAACAUAUAUUAAUUACAGAAUAAUAGAGCCACAUAACAAUGCAACGAGCCGUUUUCGCACACAUUGCAUUGCAUGACUGGACGCAUGUUUUCAGUCCUUUGAAGAUACGACAAUGUUGUUUGAAGCACAGAGCACUACCAGUACAGCUCAAUUCUCGGGCAUACAGUGUGAUACCGCCCCCGCGCGACGAAGCAGAGAAGGCUCUGCUGCACAGUAUGUUGCGGGUGGACCACGCAGGGGAAUACGGUGCCAACCGCAUCUACGCCGGCCAGAUGGCAGUGUUGGGAAGGUCACAGACAGGACCGCUUAUUCAGGAAAUGUGGGAUCAAGAGAAGAAGCAUCUUGCCAAAUUCAAUGAGAUCCUUGCAGAGAACAGAGUUCGCCCAACGUUGCUGUUGCCCCUCUGGAACGUUGCAGGUUUUUUACUUGGAGCGGGCACCGCUCUACUGGGUAAAGAAGGGGCCAUGGCCUGUACUGUGGCUGUGGAGGAGAGCAUCUCAGAGCACUACAACAGCCAGAUCAGAGCCCUCAUGGAGGAGGACCCAGACAGAUACGUAGAGCUGUUAAAAUUAAUAAAGGAAUUCCGAGAUGAUGAGAUGGAACAUCAUGAUACAGGACUAGAGCACGAUGCUGAAUCUCUACCCGGAUACAAUCUUUUGAAGAGUGCAAUACAACUUGGCUGCACAGCCGCAAUAUUUGUGUCUCAGCGCCUAUAAAGUAAUAAUUAAUUCAGUUUCUCAAAGAUGGUUUUCUAAAGAAUAUAAUGAUUUAAGUGAUGUAAAUGGAUAUGUAAAUUGUAUUAGUAAAGUGAACCUGGCUACUUUAUACAAUGUAAUAGUCAGUGCACUUUUUCAAAAAAGGACUCCCAUCAAUAAUAGUUGUGUUAUUUGUCCAAUUGUAACCUAGAUGUUGUCAUUUACUUCAACGCUAGCACUAGCAGCCAAACCAUAUAGGUACCAGCUCAAUGCUGAAACCUCUCUGAGUUGGCAUCCUAGAAUAAGCAAGUUGUCAAAGAGAUAUUGGUGGGAAAGUUGGUGUAAUUCUACCCUCUGUCUGGUCUAGGUGAUGGGGAUAGUGUGUUAUCCUGCUAUACUAAGGUAUUAUGGUCAUCACUGACAGAGCUGGAACCUACCUUCCUUAUCAAGUUUAUUUUGUAGCAUCAUCGAUACUAAGUAAUGUACUACAUACUGUAAUUACCUAUCUGUCAGGUUUAAUUGUUUGAAUGAUUAAUCACCUUUCCACUGCAAACCCCCCAUGCCUUUGUUAUUCCCCGAAAGAUAAAUAUCUAACAUAUCUCUACCGAGGACAUAUCGAUAUUGGCAUUGUUAUGCCAUCACCAUACCUUUCAACAAACUAUCCUCUUUCACACAUUAUGUGUCAUAAAUCACAAUGAACAAUGGCUUGUCAGUCCAGAUGAAUGGUUAAGCCUCUUACACAGCUGUUCCAGUACAUUAGAUCAGAGUGAAAGGAGGAUUGACAACUGACGGCUGCUGGCAGGGGGGGUCUAGCUAAUCUAUGCCGUUCAGCGCUGCAGAGAAAAGUGUUCCGGUGGUUCAGUUUACUCCCCAGAGACCCCUGUAUUGACUAUAGGGAUUGAAGUGUCCUUAUAGUAUGUUCUGUACUGACCUAAUGCCUGAGAUCUGCCCUAGCCACUUCCGAUGCAGGCUAUAGUACACAUCAGUUAGCACAGAGAGACGUAAUGACCUUUAUUCCACGUGCAAUGUCUACGAUAGAAUGUAAAGUAGCAAAGAGAGAAUACAAAGUAGCUGCGUUGUUGUUGGUGUAACAAAGAGGGUUUAAAGGAACAGUGUGAGAUCAUGUUUUUGACGUAUAUUAUUCUUCAACAGUGCCGAUCCUACUUUGGCUCUGUACCUUGUAUGCGAGGGUGCCUCUGGCAUCCAAGCCACAACCCACUUAUGUGUUUUCUGCCCCUGCCGGCCCAUGAACGGCCCGCCGAACUGUUUCUGCCCCCAACCACAGCCCACUGAACUGUUUUCUGCCCCAAUGUCAAGAGACGUGCUUUUGUCUUGACAUGAGACUACUGUAGAUGUCUGAAAAAAUCUGACAAACUUUCAUUUGGAAGUGUAACGUCCCUUUAAACUUCACUAGGCAUUAUGUGUGUGUCAGUGUGUGUUUCGCCACCUGUACCCCAGCUGUUUUCUGCCCCUACCGGCCCACUAAGGAGUCAUUUCUCACUGGGGCCAGGCUGCUGGUUCUCAGGCAGGGAGUUAUUUUCCCCAGCAUGAGUUCAGAGGAGUUUUUUUUAGAUGGGGUGGGUUUACGUAUCAGACCUGACCCUAAAGGUUAACAUGCUGUAACUGUGCUCCUUUUGUGCCCUCUGCCUUAAAAAUAGCCCCUCCCCCCUCAUGUAAAUCACAGAGCGGGCCGGCUGGCACACACCCCAAGAUGGACAAAACUCCUCAAACGUAUUACGAGUCCUAUACCGGGAACACCUUGUUUAAACUUUACCCAUCCACCCGGCGUACUAUUAGCAGUCCGCGAUGACUUAUGACGACACAAACAGAGACACGCAUGUAUGUACAGUUGAAGUUGUAAGUUUACAUACACCUUAGCCAAAACCAUUUACACUCAGUUUUUCACAAUUAUUUAGUCCUAGUAAAAAAUCCCUGUCUUUGGUCAGUUAGAAUCACCACUUUAUUUUAAGUAUGUGAAAUGUCAGAAUAAUAUUAGAGAGAAUUAUUUAUUUCAGAUUUGAUUUCUUUCAUCACAUUCCCAGUGGGUCAGAAGAUUACAUACACUCAAUUAGUAUUUGGUAGCAUAGCAUUUAAAUUGUUUAACUUGGAUCAAAUGUUUUGAGUGGCCUUCCACAAGCUUCCCACAAUAAGUUGGGUGAAUUUUGGCUCAUUUCUCCUGACAGAGUUGGUGUAACUGAGUCAGGUUUGUAGGCCUCCUUGCUCGCACACGCUUUUUCAGUUCUGCCCACAAAUCUUCUACAGGAUUGAGGUCAGGGCUUUGUGAUGGCCACUCCAAUACUUUGACUUUGUUGUCCUUAAGCCAUUUUGCCACAACUUUGGAAGUAUGCUUGGGGUCAUUGUCCAUUUGGAAGACCCAUUUGCGACCAAGCUUUAACUUCCUGACUGAUGUCUUGAGAUGUUGCUUGAAUAUAUCCACAUAAUUGUCCAUCAUGAUGCCAUCUAUUUUGUGAAGUGCACCAGUCCCUCCUCCUCCUGAUGAACCAGACUACCAGUGCACCUCCAAUUGACUAAAAUGAUGUCAAUUAGCCUAUCAGAAGCUACUAAAGCCAUGACAUUUUCUGGUAUUUUCCAAGCUGUUUAAAGACACAGUAAACUUCUGACCCACUGGAAUUGUGAUACAGUGAUUUAUAAGUGAAAUAAUCUGUCUGUAAACAAUUGUUGGAAAAAUUACUUGUGUCAUGCACAAAGUAGAUGUCCUAACCGACUUUCCAAAACUAUAGUUUGUAAACAAGAAAUGUGUGGAGUGGUUGAAAACCUAAGUUUACAUAAACUUCCAACUUCAACUGUA